AUGCCUGCCCCGGCUGCUGGUGGCGGUUGGUCUCAGUCCGCUUUGGGCGUGACUCCUGCUGGAGAGUGGUUGAGGAAUUUGUUGCGCCACACCGAGACUGUGGGUGACAUUCGACUGGCUACUCACAGCUGCAAGGCCACGUUGCUGUCUUGGUGCUCGAAGGUGGGUGUCGAUCACGAUUCCCGUCGGCUUUUGGGAUAUCAUACUGCCUCUUCAGACAAGUCUCUUCUUGUCUAUUCGAGGGACGCGAUGGCCCAACCUUUGAGGGCACUUGUGGCGAUCAUCGAGAAGGUUGUUGCCGGCAGCUUCAACCCUGACACAACACGUUCAGGGAUGUUUGCUCCAGCUGGGGCUGUCGAUGAUGGUUGUUCCAGCUCGGCUUCAUCGAGUUGUGGAUCAGAGGAUGAAGAUGACAAAGAUCUCUUCGAGGAGGAGAAGGCAGUCGAAGAUGUGGCAGGCAAGUGGCAGCCUCCUGAGCACGAGGCCAAUGACGAGGUGGUUUUUGUGAGGCACCUCACUUCCAGGUAUGAGGUCCAGCCUGAUCGGCCAAAGUUCUUCCACCCACUUUGCGGCACCUGCUUCAAGGCCUUCAAUGCAGAAGGCUUGAACACGUUGGGAACUUUUGCAUUUGCGUGUAACUAUGCUCCAGGGGCAGCAGAUGAGAGGCCUUUGGUUACUUUAGCUACCAAUGUGUUGGGAAGUGCACCCUCCACGAAAGAGAUGGCAUGUAUCAGGAGGUUGUUUAGCGAGGCAUACUCCACCAUUGCAGCUGACAUUAGGACAAAGGUCGAGGCUUGUGAUGAGGCUUCAGUGAAGAAGCUUGCACCUGCAGAGAGAUCUCAGCGUUUAAAAGAUCAACAGGUUAGGCUGGCCGGUCUUGACCUGAGAGGGAACUAUGAGCCUGGGGACUCGCUUGUCGAUCGUGCAGUGGCAGCUUAUGAGUCCGACCGUGUCAUUUACAUAACAUGGGAUGUUUGUGUGUCUCGUGACCACGAGAUUGUUACAGGAACAAAGAAGGAUGCCAACCUCAGUUUCGACUCUUCAGGCACUUUGAAGCUGACCAAGCGAGACCAGGUGGAGCCUUGCAGUACCGCCAAUGAGAUGCAGGUGCGCUACUGUUUGAUUCGUAGGGGUUUGGCACUGGACCAGGCGAAUAUCAUGUGUUUCAAGCUUCAUGAUCGUUUGGCAGAGAAGUUGAUGAAUGCCCGCAUGGAAGAACCACCUGCAGGUUGUGUGAAGCUCAGUUUGAAACAGAUCGAGACAGCUGAUAAGAAGUUUUGGACUCUCAUGGCAGAAAAGACUCGUGAUGGAAUCAAGUCGUCUCCUGCUGGACGCCCAUGUGAUUUGAACUUUGAUGCAUGUUUGGAUAGUCCUGAGCUUUUGAACUUGCUUCAGCACCGUUUUGCACCACCUGCAGCAGUUGCUGGCCCAUCCAAGACCAAGCCGGCUGAUGAGCCCAGGCCCAAGAAGCCGAGGACCGAUUUUCAGAGUGCAAAGGGUGCUACGAAAGGGAAUUUCAUGAGGGUCCCAAGCGAUCUUUUGAGCUUGGGUUGUGUUGCCACGACCACCAAAGGCCAUAGGCUAUGUUUCGAUUACAAUUUGAAGAGAUGCAAGCUUCCUGUGAAAGAUCAGCGUUGUGGAAAGGGAUUGCAUUUAUGUGCUGUGAAGGGCUGUCAGAAGAUGCACAUGGCAGUUGAUUGCCCCAACAAGGGGAGUGCGGCGCGGGAGCAGAUGGUUUUCAUUGAGUUGUGCGCUGGCAGUGCUGUUUUGAGCGCUGUUGCGCAGAGACAUGGCUAUAGGGUUCUUCCAGUUGACUGCAAGCGGAACAGGCACAAGCCGCGAUGCCGCAUUGUUUCAUUGGACUUGGCUGAGGAUCAUGCAUGGGAAGUGUUGGAAUACAUUGUCAGCACAUGUGACGUUGCAGCAGUGCAUCUGGCGCCUCCUUGUGGAACUUGCAGUAAAGCGAGGGGUAUACCCAUGCCGGACGGAACACCUGGACCUCAGCCAUUACGUUCUGAUGAUUAUCUGCUAGGGGUGCCUGACAUGUCCCCCUCCGACCGGGUGAAAGUGGAUGCGGCCAACAGGUUGUACAAAAGAAUGGGCAGAUUUAUCGAGUGGCUUGACGCCAGAGGUAUUGCAUGGGUUGUGGAGAAUCCUACAAAUAGCUUUCUUUGGCAAUUGGGUUACUUUGCAUAUGCUGUCGCACAUGGACACUUUGCUCAUUGCCAUGCUUGCGCGUUUGGCAGCGAGAGGCCGAAAAAGACUUCUUUCUUGAGCAAUAGGAAGAACAUCCUCAUGAUGCAACGUUUUUGUGAAGAUGUCGAACCUCAUGAACAUGCGCCAUGGGGAGUUUCUGCAGACGGUGGUUUUGCUACAGCUUUGGAGGCCCAGUAUCCAGACGCCAUGUGUGAGCAGUUGGUUAAGUUUGUGGAUGAGUUGUGUGUUGAAAAGGGUGUCAAGUUGAUGCCUUCGUGCCUCUUUGAACACUUGACCCGAUCCCCUAUGGACAUUGUCAAGAUGCGGAUUCACAGGAUUACUGCUAUGGACUUGAAGUCCGCCUACAAGCAGCUUCCCUUGAGCCCUCUGGACUUUGAUAAGUCCGUUGUUUCUUUGUGGAGUGCUGAGGAGCGGGAUGUGCGGUGCUUCGAGUGCCACGUCCUCCCCUUUGGAGCUUCCGCGAGUGUGCACAAUUUCCUGCGCAUUAGCGCCUUCUUGCAAGCAGCUGGAUGUUAUCUUGGCAUCAUAUGGAUGAGCUAUUUUGAUGAUUUUCCGAUGCUGUCUCAUGGCUUGCAUGUUGGUUCUACUCUUGCGUGUGCAAAGGGGCUGAUGUCCCUCUUUGGCUUUGUGUACUCCGAGGAGAAGCUCCAACCAUUUGCACGCAGUUCAGAAAUUCUUGGAGUUGUGUUUGACUUGAGCCGUAGUGCAGAAGGCUGUGUGGCGAUUUCAAAUAAACCUUCAAGGGUUGAAGAGCUUGAUGACGCCUUGGUCAAAAUCCUCAGUGAUAAGUUUGUCAUCCCGACAUCGAUGCCAUCAGUGUUGGGGAAGCUUCAAUACGCAGACUCGCAUGUUUGGGGAAGAGCGGGACGCUUGGCUCUCGCAGACUUGCGGGAGUUGGGCCACACGUCCCCAGCCAGAGUUCCGCUUGAAGAUUCUCAGCUGAAGGCAUUCCGGGUGCUCAAAGAUCGGCUGUGCUCUGGCCGGCCGAAACCCUUUGUUGCUGAUGACAUGCAGCGGCCAGUUCUGAUCUUUACGGAUGGUGCCUUGGAGUACGAUGGUGACGUGCCCAAGGCCACUAUCGGUGGUGUUUGCUUGAGACCUGAUGGAGAGUGUGAGGUCUUUGGUGCAGCGGUCCCCGACCGUGUUUUGAAGAGCUGGCAGGAAGGCGGAAAGAUUCAUGUGAUUGGCUUGGUCGAAUUGUAUGCUUGCGUUGUCUCGCUCCUACAUUGGAAACCUGACGUGGCGUCGAGACGCGUCAUUCUCUUUGUUGACAAUUGGCCGGCACUUGAUGUUCUUGUGAAAGGCACGUCUCUUCAACGUGAGUGGAGAGACCUGCUCUUGCUUCUUGAAGAUCCGCUGGAAGAUAAUUUCAUGUUGUGGGUCGCUCGUGUGCCUUCAGCAUCAAAUGUGGCAGACCACCCGAGCAGAGGGUCGACAAAAGAGCUUGAGUUCUUGAAACCUUUCAAAUGCGUCGAGCCUCUUUGCCCUAUGACGAAACUCCUUCUCGAGUCCACGAUAUGCUAA